GUCCUUGUUCCCUGAAUCUCCCUGAUCUCGCAGACUUCUACGCUGCUGUUGGCAUCGGAUCUGACAGCAGUCUGUCCCCGUGUCAUCGCGCUCAGCAUCGGGGGGGACCAUCUCCCUUUCUCUUUCCCCUUCCCCUUCCCCUUGUCCUUCCCUCUCCCUCUGCUUCUCCCUGUGCUUCUCCCUUUGCUUCUCCCUCUCCCAACCCUCUCCCUCUCCCUUUCCACUUCCAUUCGCACUUGCACUCUCCCCCACUUUCAUCCCUCCCCGGUCCCGCCUUCCCGCUUCCUCCGACGCACUUGCCCUCCCCACCGAGCCGAGCGUGUCAGUGUCACCCGAGCAGUGGUGCGGCAGGCGGGCAGGCAAGCGCACACUCCAGACGCCAACGGCUGCACGGCCAUUUCCACCCUGUCAUCACACUGCCAGAGCCUAUCGUGCUACAUCGCCCUCACCACCACCACCACCACACCACCACCACCACCACCACCACCACAACCACAACAACCACCACCACCACCGCUCACAUCCACCCUGCCUACCGCCUCUCUUCCUUCGCCCACUGACACUGCAUACGUCCUCCUCAACCACCACCACCACCACCACCAACGAGACCGCACCGUCACCGUCAGUCACCGUCACUGCCGUCACUGCCGUCACCACCACCACCACCACCACCACCACCCCGUCUCUCGCACAGCCAUGAAGCGCCAAACGCCGGUUGCCCACCUGCUCUACUCCUACCUGUUUCCUCAACCACACCCAAGCGACCCGCCUUCCUUCUCGGCACAUCUGGCUAGGAAUCUGGUGCCCGAAGUACGCAUUGAAGUCGCCACCUUCUACGGUGACCUCAAUUCGACCGAAGCCCGCUAUCCAGGACUCAACUACUGCCAUCGUCCUCACCGCAUGCGCUUGGGGCGCUUCAAACAUCACAAGCGCUUGUUCGAGGCCUUUGACCACCUCGGCCUGACUUACGGAGAGAUUCAGGACUUCUGCUGCUGGGAAGGCACCAAGUGGGCGAGGGAGCGCUACGAGAAGGAUGAAGGCGUCAAAGUGGUAGACACUACGGGGGACGAGAUUGGUCCAUUUGUGGACCGCAGAGACAUCAGAGCUGCCGAAGACGCGAGAAGAAAUAGCAUCACGAGGAAGACCGACAUCUCCAUUGUCGUGGAAGACGCGGAGACGAGUCGAAAUCGACAGCCUACCAUUGACGAAGACGACGAGGACAUGGAUGAUGUGGACUCCGAGACGGAUAGGGAAGAGUCUGCCGAUGUCGAGGCGGAUACGGAGCAGGAAACAGCUUCAGAAGAGACAGCCCUCGAGCAGCACGUAGGUGAUUUGCAGCGCCGUCGUCAACGGGCCAGAGAACGAACCUACAGCCAACGAAUCAUUGCCGCCUGGGAGCAAGGACAGACCCUGCCACCAGAUCUCGAACAAUACCUCAAGGAGCAGUCGGAGCGCGGCAACCACUUUGAGCUCAACCGGCUGAUGGCUCAGCGUCGGGCAUCACGCACCUACUCAGUGCCUGAUAAUGGUGCGCUGGUGGCGAACGUGGCCAACCAACAAGCAUCUCAAGCGGCGGCGUGAACAGCCGCCGCUCAAUUAUCGACCACGCCAGAGAGAAUGGGUAUGACUGUCACCGCACCAAUAACACGCUACCGUUUACCGUUACGAGCGUACCCACUAUCGGCAACUCCAACGACCACUAAUACAUAUGGAACAAAAGGCGUUUUUCAUGGAAUGGGGAUCAGUGAAGCAGGAAUUUUUUGCACAGUGAGCUCGCGGCGAGUUUAGCAUGGCGUUGUGGCAUUUGGCGAAAUUCGGAACUGAUCGCGAUCAGCUCGAUCAGUUCUGGGCGUUUCCAAAUUUGUUCUGCUUUUUAUUUCGCGUGCGUGCAUAGUGGCAUAUCAUCUGAGCAACCUUUGUGGCAUGGUCGACAAUGCCCGGUUUUGCCGCAGAUGAAGUGCCGACUCCAAGUAGACUUUUACUUUUUU